AUGGGCACACACCGAAUCCUUCGCCGGCGCCCUACAUGCCUCGCACAGGCAGUAGCCCUUCGGGACCGUCAGGGGAGGAUGCCAUGAGCCUAGUGACUUCCUCCGGAGGUGCAACGUCUCCACCUAGCGAAGGCAAUGCUACAGCACCUUCGCAAUCCGAGGGCCCUCAGGCUCCCAUGACCUCUACGCGAAGACAACGGCUCACAUUGUCCUACAUGCGGCCACCGAGUACCGAGGGAGGAGGUUUCCCAUACCCUGACAUGGAGGCAUUCUCCGACCAUGGCGGAGGGUCGGAGGUUCUCCCCGCAUACUCCCCUGGGCCUUCAUAGCAACUUGCUGUGUACCUUAGGUGUGAUGAUCUGUUUGGCUUGUACUCUUAUAUUGUCUCCAUUAAUAUCAUAUGUGCGGACGUUGUAGAUGCG